CUUGUUUGCCUGGGGAAUUUUGAUUUAUAGCACACUUUUGAAAGUUUUCUUGGCCAUGGCUGGAUUAGAAGAUUUAAAAAGGAAGCUUGCACCAUUGUUUGAUUCUGAAAAAGGGUUCCCAUCUUCCUCAGCAUUGGACCCAUCUGACUCGUACGUGCUUUCUGAUGGCGGUACUGUGAAUUUGUUGAGUCGAUCGUACGGUGUGUACAACUUUAACGAGCUUGGACUGCAAAAGUGUCAUUCAUGGCCGGUUGAAGAUCCUGAUCACGGUGAAAAGACAUAUAGGUGUGCUUCACAUGAGAUGAGGGUUUUUGGAGCCAUAGGAAGUGGUGCAAGCAGUGUUGUUCAAAGAGCUAUUCAUAUCCCCACUCACAGAGUUAUUGCCUUGAAGAAAAUUAAUAUCUUUGAGAAGGAGAAAAGGCAACAACUUCUUACUGAAAUAAGCACUUUGUGUGAAGCACCUUGUUGUCAAGGCCUUGUUGAAUUCUAUGGAGCAUUUUAUACUCCAGAUUCCGGGCAAAUAAGCAUAGCUUUAGAAUACAUGGAUGGUGGGUCCUUAGCUGAUGUCAUAAGAAUGCGUAAACGCAUACCAGAGCCAAUACUUUCUUCCAUGGUUCAAAAGCUCUUACAGGGACUUUAUUAUUUGCAUGGAGUUCGCCAUUUGGUUCACAGAGAUAUAAAGCCAGCAAAUUUACUUGUCAAUCUCAAGGGGGAGCCAAAGAUAACCGACUUUGGUGUAAGUGCUGGAUUAGAGAACUCCAUGGCAAUGUGUGCCACCUUUGUUGGGACAGUUACGUACAUGUCACCUGAAAGAAUUCGAAAUGAAAAUUAUUCUUAUCCAGCUGACAUAUGGAGCCUUGGAAUUUCACUUUUUGAAUGCGGCACCGGUGAAUUCCCAUAUAAGGCAAAUGAAGGACCUGUCAAUCUCAUGUUGCAGAUCCUCGAUGAUCCUUCUCCAUCACUACCGAGCCAUGAAUUUUCACCUGAAUUUUGCUCAUUUGUCGAUUCUUGCCUCCAAAAAAAUCCAGAUACCAGGCCGACUGCAGAGGAGCUUCUUUCACACUCAUUCAUUACCAAGUAUGUGGAUACUAUGGGAGUCGACUUAGGUGCAUUUGUCCGAAGUAUUUUUGAUCCAACAGAGAAGAUGAGGGAUCUUGCAGAUAUGUUCACAAUACACUACUAUUUAUUGUUUGACGGGUCUGACGAUCUUUGGCUACAUACUAGGAUGCUUUAUACAGAAUUCUCUAUCUUCAGUUUUUGUGGAAAAGAAUCUGUCGGGCCAAAUGAUAUAUUUACAACAUUAUCAAAUAUUCGAAGUACGCUAGCUGGGGAGUGGCCACCAGAAAAGCUUGUGCAUGUUGUAGAAAAACUACAGUGUCGGGCCCACAGUCAAGAUGUAGUUGCAAUUCGUGUUUCAGGAUCGUUUAUUGUUGGGAAUCAAUUUCUUAUAUGUGGGGAUGGUCUGCAAGUUGAGGGCGUGCCAAAUUUUAAAGAUCUGUCUUUGGAUUUACCCAGCAAGAGAAUGGGAACAUUUCAGGAGCAGUUCAUGAUAGAGCAAGGAAGUGCUAUUGGUCGCUACUUCAUAACCAAACAAGAGCUUCAUAUUGCUCAGUAGUUGAUCUAUAAGUCAUACAAUGUCGUUUAAUGGGGCUCUCACUAGCGCAAUAUGCUGGUCCAGCAUGCCCAAGUGUAGACUUUCUUGAAGCCAUUCUGGGUUGUAAAUACUCCCUCCGUCCCUUAAAACUUUGCCAAAGUUAAAACUGUGUGGUUGAGGUUUGCGUAGAAGAGAGAAAUAACAGAAACUACAAAAUAAUUGAUUAAAAGGGAAAGUGUCAAAGUUUUUUGGGGCGUCCCAAAAAGGAAAGAUGACAAAGUUUUAAGGGAUGUAGGGAGUAUAAUUCACUGGUUAUGCGGACACUCUUUUAGACCACAAUGUAUAGCUGAUACUGAAUCGUUGUUUAUAUAAUUCACUGGUUAUGCUGUUUAACACUCUUAUAGACUACAAUGUAUAGCCUGAGUGUCAAGGACCUGAAGUUGGCCGUUGCUGUUUCAAUUGUUGCCAUUGUUUCCCUAUAAUUAGAAUAUACAUGUAUAAUUAAUCAUAUAUUUUAA